GAGCAGGGCCACGGCGGCAGCCGGGCUGGCUCUCAGGUGCUGGUGGUCUGCAGGGCCCUGCGGUCGGGGUGCGGGGGGCUCAGCAGGGGCCCCUGAGCCGUGCGGCCGCGGCCACACCUCACCCGGCACGGCCGGCUCUGCCGGCUUCCCAGCUUUCCCUCAGACUUGUUUUUCUGCGUGGAAGUUUCCUGGAGCCAAAUGGCUCCUGCCUGCCUGCUCGGGGUCUGCAGCCUCCUCUGCGCCUGGUCAGUGGUGACGGGACACCCCUGCAGCCUCAACCACCAGGCAUGGGCCGACUGCAAAGGGAAGAGCCUCCUGCAUGCUCCAACUUCCCUUCCAAGAAACAUCACUGGUUUGGAUCUCUCCUUCAACUACUUGGUUGUGCCCCGUCACGGGACUCUCUUGAUGCAUUUCCCUUCUCUGCGCUCCCUCAACCUCUCUAGCAAUGCCCUGCUGGCGCUGAGCCCAGCAGUCUUCUCCAACCUCGGGACACUGCGUCUGCUGGACCUGAGCAGCUGCAGCAUUGCCUACCUCCACACGGAUGCUUUCAAGGGCUUGGAAAACUUGCACACACUGCUCCUAAGAAACAACAGUCUGCAAGAGCUUGAGGUCCCUUCCUUCCUGAUGCUGAAGGCUCUUUUCCACCUGGACCUGCGGCACAACGCACUGGUCUCUGUGGACACCUUGAGCCUGCAGCUGAUGGAUGCAGUCCCGCAGGUCUGGCUGGAAGGGAACCCCUGGGUCUGCGACUGCACCGUGCACCCUCUGCAGCAGUGGCUACAGCGCAGGCAAGCUGUGCAGGUGACUUGUGCAUCGCCCCCGGGGCUGCGGGGCCGGGAGGUCACAGCUCUGGAUUCCCAGGACCUGGGCUGCUGGAUGAAGCAGCGGUUUCCUCGGGGGGUCAGCACGGCGCAGCAAAUCACAGUGACCCACAGCAAUACCACCACACCGCCCGCCGGGAAGGGGGGAAGGAGCUGGCCGUACCUGGUGGGCUUCCUGGUGGCAGCAAUUGGCAUCUCCAUCCUGAUCGCGCUGGCUGCCAAGUGCAAGCUCUUCCACAAGAACUUUGCCAGCUACCGCCACCGGCCGCUGCCUGAAACCAGCUCAAUCAGAGGCAGCCCCAUGGAGGAUGGCAGCAGCUGGGACAGGGGCUCCUCAGGCCGGGGGGCCUGUGAGAGCCACCCUAUGCCUGGUGCUGCUGACCUGCAAGCUGAGGAUGAUGAUGGCUUCAUCGAGGACAACUACAUCCAGCCAAGCGAGCAGCUGCCAGAGGAAGAGGAGCGGGAAUCACACCUCUCCGUCUGAGCCUGCUGCCCAGCUACCACCACUGCGGCCUUUCGCCGUCCCCCCCACCUCCAUCCCCUUCCUGCCCUUUCCCACCCGCCCUCGGCUUUUGGCCCCAUGUGGCUGGGGGCAGGAGGAAAGGAGUGGAGAGGAGGGGUGGGCUGGAAAUGGUGAUGGAGGCUGAAGGCAGCCAGCCCCAUGGUGCCCCAGCAUGACACCAGCGGGGCUACAUGGGGACACCAGACCCACUGCUGCUCUCCCAGCCCUGCUCGGAUGCUGAGGAUGAAGGAGAUGGUGCCUAUCGUGCCCGGGCAGCCUGGUGGGGUGGGAAGAGGAGCCUGCCCUUGUGCUCCCUGCGGGGUCUUGGGCACCGGCCCCACUGCCCCAUGGCGCCAGACCCAGCCCUGCUCUGUCCCUCAAUGCGUUGUCACUCUGGGGUGUGAUUAAAGCGUGAUUUAACCCUG